UCCCACGUGACACCGUCCCUGAACUCCCGCCCGAGUCAGUAACCUCUGCUGCGACUCAGGGCCUCGGAGCACCAAGCUCCAAACCUCGCCGCAGCCUGAACGAGUCACGACGACGUCUUUUGUAAUGAGCGCACCUCCAGCCGGCGCCUCGUGUCUUUCGGGCUUCGGGCCUGGCUGGGCCAAUCAGGCAAAUCCUCUCGCCGUAGCCCUGCCCUGAGGAACCAACGUACCUGACAACUGUUGUCCCCCAGGGCACGGGCCGCUGCUCCACGCGUCGCUCGAGCCCGCGCAGCCGACACCUGCCAAUCGCUCGCCAGAUGCGCCUGAAAUAUGCAUCCGCGGACGGCCCGAAUCGGUCACUCACCCCACGUAAGCUUCUGCGGCUCGCAGUCACAGUACGCCGGCCGAGCACAAAAACGCGUUCUCUGUUUCUGCUCGAUACCACAACUCCCCCGUUUAUACCCCCCCCUCCUCCUCUACGAACGCCAUAAUGUCCUCAAACGCCAGCGAGCACACGCUGACCGUCGAUGACCACGCCGCGUCGACACCACCAACGGAGAAGGACAAGCCUGAGUUGGCGGAGAAGACGUUGGCCUUGCAGACCUCUGUCACGGAAUCACCAGGGUCGGAGGAAGAUGUAGUGGACUAUCCAUCUGGGCUCAAGCUGGGGCUGCUGACGAUUGCAUUGUGUUUGAGCGUGUUCUUGGUCGCUUUGGACAACACGAUCAUCGCGACCGCUAUUCCCAAGAUCACGGACCAAUUCAAAUCACUGGACGAUGUGGGUUGGUAUGGCUCUGCAUAUCUGCUCACGACUGCCGCUACGCAAUUGCUCUUCGGAAAGUUCUACACGUUCAUGCCAGUCAAGUGGGUGUUCAUUACGGCUAUCGUCAUUUUUGAGAUCGGAUCUGCCAUCUGUGGUGCCGCACCGAAUUCUAAUGCGCUCAUCAUCGGUCGUGCCAUCGCCGGGUUGGGCUCCGCCGGCAUUUUCUCUGGCGCCAUGAUCAUCAUUGCUAACACGGUCCCACUUGCGAAGCGGCCGAUGUACACCGGUAUCAUCGGUGGGACGUUCGGUAUCGCCAGUGUCGCUGGGCCGUUGAUGGGUGGUGUGUUCACCGACAAAGUCAGCUGGCGUUGGUGCUUCCUCAUCAAUCUGCCUCCCGGCGCGUUCACCCUGCUCUUCCUCACCUUCUUCUUCAAGAUGCCGGGUAAGGCCCAGGCCAAGAAAGAAAUGACCUUCAAGGAGAGGCUGAUGCAGUUCGACCCGAUGGGCACUGUCAUCUUCAUCCCCGCCAUCGUUUGCCUACUUCUCGCUCUGCAAUGGGGUGGAUCCAAGUACCCGUGGAAGGACGGCCGUGUCAUCGCUCUCUUCGUUGUGUUCGGCGUCCUCAUCUCGGUUUUCAUCGCCAUCCAGUUCCGCCAAGGCGACCAAGCCACCAUCCCAUUGCGCAUCUUUAAGCAGCGCAGCAUCUGGAGUGGCGCGUGGUUCAUGUUCUCUGUCGGCGCCGGGUUCUUCAUCUUCUCGUUCUAUCUCCCGAUCUACUUCCAGUCGAUCCACAACGUCUCGGCCGUCAACUCUGGCAUCUCCACCCUGCCCAUGAUCCUGUCCCUCGUCGUUGCCUCCAUUCUGGCCGGUGGACUGAUCACACAACUGGGAUACUACGCACCGUUCAUGAUCGCAUCUACCAUCAUCGCCAGCGUCGGUGCGGGACUGAUCACCACCCUCGGCGUCUCUACGGGCCACACGAAGUGGAUUCCUUACCAGUUCAUCUACGGCUUCGGUCUCGGUCUCGGCAUGCAGCAGCCCAUGCUGGCUGCGCAGGCCGUGCUGGAGAUGGUCGACGUCCCAUCCGGCACAGCCAUCGUCAUGUUCUCGCAGACGCUCGGUGGCGCACUAUUCAUCUCUGUGGGCCAGAACGUCUUCACCAACAAGCUCGUGAGCGGACUGGCGCAGUACGCCGCGGGCCUCGACCCCAGCGUCGUUCUCGCUGCGGGUGCUACUUCUCUUCGGUCGAGCGUUCCCGCUGACAAGCUUGCCGGUGUGCUGCUUGCUUAUGCCCAUGCUCUUGACUCUGCAUACUACGUCGGUGUGGCGAUGUCGGCUUUGUCCAUCAUCGGCUGCUUGGCCAUCGAGUGGAAGAACAUCAAGGGCAAGAACAUUGAGAUGGGAAUGGCCGGUUAAAAGAAUUCCACCCUUUUGGUUUCCCCCAAUACGCAUCGCCGGCCUACCCGCAUACCGGCACACCCACACUCGUCCGUGUACUCACGUUCAUUCACUUACAUCUUGAAUAAUUUGACAUCUUUGUUGUCCUUGGAACAGUGCCAUCUCGAUCUUAGACUACUAGACUUACCUCACGCUAUCAUCACGGAUUUCUGCAUAGACAACGCAUUCCAAAGGCAUCUUACACAACUCGGAUCUGUAUAAUAGUUUAAUCGUAUUUUUACUGGCCAGCGCUCGUUUCCAGCGAUGGGGAAUCUCUGAAUCGCAUACUGCCGACUGGGCAACUGCUCGUGCUGAUUGUGACUAUUCGAUCUUCGCGGUCUCGACCGUCCCCGUGAUUUUGAGUGCUUCCCGACGAAGAGAAGGAAUCAAUCAAACACCAGCUCUCGAAUCUGUGCAAGGUACACAACCAAGAAUGUCGGUGAAGGAUUCUCAUACAUAGGCACUGUGAAGAACAUUGAACUAACCGCAUUCCAGGUCACAAUUUCGGGAUCGGAUAAAGCAAACUGCUGGCGCGCCCGAAUGAACUGUACGAACCAGAUCUCGACCUGUACUUCUUGAGCAAGUCAUUCAUCAAUGUCUUCGCUCUCAAGUCCUCCCG